UGCAUUCUGCUGUGACUGCUCUGUUCUCGAGCCACCCUCCCACCGCCGUGUGACCCGUACUCGCCGUUUCCCCCAACCCAACCGUAGCAUCCGACUAGCCGACUCUUCGUUGCAACUGACACUAUGGCGGACCUCUCCGUUGAAGAGGCGAACAAGAUUCGUCUGUCCAUGGGCCUCGCGCCGCUGCCUGUCCCCGGCGCAUCUGCUCCUUCCGGCCCGACGUUCAAGCACGCGAACGAGGGCGGCGACUCCGAUGAUGAGCCUGCAAGCACCGUCGAGACGCGUCAGGCCGCCGCCUACGAUAACUGGAAGAAGCUUCAAGACGAACAGGAUGCCAAGAAAAAGCGAGAGGAGAGGAUUGCAGCCAUCCAGAAGGCGCGUGAGCGUGCCGCGGGCUUUGCAAAGCUUGAGGGCAAGGGCCUUGCCGACGAGGGCGAGGAGGAAGACGACUUAGCCUGGCUGAAGAACGCGAAGAAGCGCCAGCGGAAGAUUGCAAAGGCUGAGCAGAUGCAGAAGGAGUUCGAGGAGCAGGAGCGCCAGGCCGCGGAGGCGCGCCAGUAUACCGAAGCGGAUCUCGCCGGCGUCAAGGUUGGACAUGAAGUGGAUCAGUUUGACGAUGGCGAGGACCAGAUCUUGGUGUUGAAGGAUACCGCGGUUGACGCAGAGGACGAUGACGAGCUUGAGGCGGUUGCACUGAAAGAGAAGGAGAAGCUGCAGGAGCGGCUCGACGCCAAGCGGCGGAAGCACGCUUACGACCCUAACGAUGUCGACGAAUCCGGAGAAAAGUCAAUUCUCGCACAGUACGAUGAAGAGAUCGAUGGCCGGAAGAAGAAGGCGUUCACUCUGGACGGCCAGGGCAGGACUGUCGAGGAACUCCAGAAAGCUGCGGGCGGCAUUUUCAAACCGAGGAAGGUCGCUAUUAGCCUCGACAUCUUGAAAGACGAUGGCCCGGCCAACGACUACAUGGACGUUUCGGAAGUGAAGAUCAAGAAGUCGAAAAAGAAGUCCAAGUCGAAGUCUUCCAAGCGCAAGCGAAUUGAAGACGACGACGACAUGAUAAUGGUUCCCACUGAUGAAGCCGCCGAUGAGAUGGAGAUUGAGGAGCCUGAGACGGCCGCGCAAAAACUGAAAAUGAAGAAUCUUUUCGACGAGUCAUUUGUGGAUGACGAUGACCUCCAGGCCAAACUCGCUGAGCAGCGUCGACAGGCCAUCAAGAAGCGCAAGAAGAUGCGCCCCGAGGAUAUAGCCCGCCAGCUGCGCGAAGAAGUCACGUCAACACCUGAGACUCCGGGCGUGGUAGAAUCGACCGAGCUUGUUGAGGAGGAUGCUGGGGCUCUAGUCAUUGAUGAGACUACCGAAUUUGUCCACAACCUUGGCGCGAACGCUGAUGAUGAUGAUGAUGAAGAGGAAGCUCGUCGGCGCAAACGCCAAAAAUCUAGCCACAUCUCCAACGGCGUCGAGUCUGUUGGCGAUAUGCGUAUCGACGAGGAGGGCGAUGUUGAUAUGGAACAGUCGUACGCCGAAGCUGCUGAGGCUGAGGAGCGCAGCAUCUCCCGAGCUCGCUCUAUAGGCAUCACUGGCACGGGUCUUGAAGAGGAGAAGACGGUCGACCAGGGUCUCGGUGCCACACUCGCACUUCUUCGGCAGCGUGGUGUCAUUGAGAACUCGGACGGCGGUGACAAGAACGCUCAAUUCCGCGAGCGCCAGAAAUUCCUUGCCGACAAGCAGCGUGCUGAAGAAGCGGCCGAGCGCCUGCGGAAGAAGCACCGUGAGAGUGAACGCCACUCAACCAGGUGGCAAACUAUGACACCUCGCGAGCGUGAAGAGUGGGCUCGAAAGAACAACGUUGCGGCCGAUCAGCUCGAGAGCAGGAAGCUCGCCGAGAUUUUCAACAAGGAGUAUAAGCCGACCGUUGAGCUAAACUACACGGAUGACUUUGGGCGUCAACUGAACCAAAAGGAGGCAUUCAAGAUGCUAAGCCACCAGUUUCACGGCAAGGGCAGCGGAAACACCAAGACAAAGAAGCAUCUAGACAAGAUUGCAGCCGAAAAGAGGAAGCUCGCCGAGAGCUCCCUGGAGGCGAGUCGCGCUGGUAUGAGCAGCGCGCAGGAUCAGCAGGCCAAGAAGCACAAGCUCGCUGGUGUUCGACUGCAGUAGGGAACUCACGAUUUCAGGUGUCAUGGUCACGGAGAUCUGCGGAGUUGGUUAUCGGCUUCUCCAAGGUUAGACCGAGCCUAUCCUUGUGAUGGUAUGUCCCGUUGUUCUAUGUCACUUA